AGAAGGUAAGAGAAAAUUAGAGAUGAAACGAGACAGUAAAGAGCUAAGAGAACAAAGUGGAAACUAAUUGCUGAGCUGAAGGAUUGGGUGUCUGGUAAAGCAGCAAAACACUAGAAAAAACGGGGAAGGACGAACAGAAACCUCUUCUGCUUGAAGAAAGGUAUGGUUUCAGAUAUAUCGGUGACUGAUAGUGGACUUAGAAACAGAGAUUGGUUAAUUCAAAAAGACUUGAGUUGUAGGAAUUGUUGAUAUUAGAUUGCAACAUGGCCGAGCGUGUAGAUUCUGUGGGUGGCUCAGAUAGGAUAAGUAGUUUGCCUGAUCCUAUCAUUUGUCAUAUUUUGUCCUUCCUUCCCAUUAAAGAUGCAGUUAAAACCUCAAUUCUUUCACCCCGGUGGAGGUAUCUUUUCGCUUCAUCAAUUUCUAUCCUUGAUUUCAAUAGUUGCUUAUCGCAUAUGUCGUCGCCUACUGAAAAUGAUAACAACUUCCUGAAUUUUGUCGAUAUAUUAUUUUCCAACCCCAAACAGCUAAGUUUAGAUUGCUUGAGGGUGAAUGAUCAUUGGGUGAGGAAGGAUGGCAUUCCACGGGGUGAGAAUUAUUCACGCCUUAAUCGUUGGAUAUGUGCUGCGUUGUGGUGUGGUGUUAAGGAAAUUGAUGCAAAUUUGAUGUUUGAAUAUACUUACACUUUACCGAGUCUUCUGUUUACUUGCCAGACAUUGGUGACACUGAAACUGAAUAUCAACUGUGAUUUGAAGGUUCCAGCCAAUGUUCAUCUACCAAAUCUGAAGACUCUGCAUUUUGCAUACUCUGAAUUUCUAGAUGGUGGUUCAGUUCUUAGGUUAAUUUCCAGUUGCCCUGUCCUAGAAAAUUUGGAAUCCAUUCAUUGUGAAUUUCGUAAUAUAAGUGAGCUCAAUAUCCAUAAGCUUUCACUUAAAAGAUUGGUUUUAGACUUUGGUGAGUUGUAUGUUGGUUCUCACAGAGGUUUCAAUGUCAUCGAGAUCAAUGCUCCAAAUCUGGUUUAUUUCAGAUAUGUUGAUGGAAUGGCUGAAGGAUAUACUUUAAGUGAAAUGAAAUCUCUAGAAAGAACUCAUAUUGAAAUCACUCUAACGGAUAGCGAGGACCUUGAACGUGCAGCAAAUCUUCUUCAGGGAGUUUGCAAUGUACAGUCCCUUUAUUUAGCUAUUGAAGAUGACUCUAAAACGCUUUUUCUGGCACCUCUUGAUCCAAUGCUUGCAUUUAACAACCUUGUUGAGCUGGAAUUUCGUAAUUACUUGAAUGAUGAUUGGCAAGGAACGUGGAUUUUGGAGUUUCUGCAUUGCAUGCCUAAUCUAAAGACACUUGUCCUGGAUCUCCUGAAUCUGGCAAGUACAUCGGAAGGCUUCAGGUCACGGCGUACAACGGUGCCUCCGUGUUUGUUAUUUAACAUCGAGGAGAUUGAAAUCAAAUGAUUUGAGAACGAGAAGCAUAUGUUUGAAAUGUUAAGUUAUUUCUUGAAACAUGCAUCAGUGAUGGAGAAGCUCAUAAUUAGGGACAUGGAUGUGUGUGAGCAAGAGUUUUCGACUGUCAUCGUUAUGUCUCUUCUAUUUUGUAUCGUGUUAGAAACACUUCAUUGUCCUCAAUUGGUUUGGCGGU